CCUAAGAGUAAGAAAACCUAGCUAAAAUAUUAACCCAAUGGCAAUGAAGCAACCUCACGUAGUCAUCUUUCCCUUCCCACUCCAAGGUCACAUGAAGCCCUUGCUAUGCUUAGCCGAGCUUCUCUGCCAUGCAGGCCUUCAUGUCACCUAUGUCAACACUCACCAAACCCACGAGCGCUUGGCCAACCUCCAAGCGCUCUCGACUCAUUUCCCCACCCUCCAUUUUGAGUCCAUCUCCGAUGGCUUCCCCGACGACCACCCCCGUACCAUGAACCUUGAGUUUUUCAUCACAUUUAAGAAGUCUAUUAGGCCUCAUUUCCGGGAGCUGCUCAAAACCAUUUCGCUUAAGGCCGAAUCGAAUGAUGCUCUGGUGCCGCCUCCGAGCUGUAUCAUGACAGAUGGGCUCGUGACUUUUGCGUUUGACGUGGCGGAGGAGCUGGGGCUUCCCAUUCUAAGUUAUAACGUUCCUUGUCCUCGUUACCUGUGGACUUGUCUUUGUCUCCCCAAGCUCAUUGAGGAUGGCCAGCUUCCUUUUCAAGAUGAUGACAUGACUGUGGAAAUUACGGGAGUCCCCGGAAUGGAAGGCCUUUUGUAUCGUCAAGACUUGCCAGGUUUUUGCCUAGUCAAAGAAGCGGACCACCCAGCUCUUCAAUUCUUUAUGAACGAGACCCAAAUCCUAAAACGAGCCUCGGCUCUCAUUCUCGACACAGUUUAUGAGCUCGAUGCUCCAUUCCUCUCCCACAUGGCCCUCAUAUUUCCCAAGAUUUACACCCUCGGACCACUCCACUCUCUCCUCAACUCCCAAAUAGGUGAUGUGUCCCGAGGUCUAGCAUCUCACGGCUCUCUUUGGAAAAGCGACCUAAACUGCAUGACGUGGCUCGACUCCCAGUCGUCCAGAUCGGUUAUCUACGUCAGCUUCGGGACUUUGGUCCACUUGACACGUGACCAGGUGAUAGAGUUUUGGUACGGCCUGGUCAACAGUGGACACCCGUUCUUGUGGGUCAUGCGGUCCGACACCACCUCUGGGGGCCCCCAAAUUCCUGCAGAGCUGGAAAGUGGUACGAAAGAAAGAGGCUACAUAGUGAAUUGGGUUUCGCAGGAGGAGGUGCUGACUCACAAAUCGGUAGGUGGGUUUUUGACUCACAGUGGGUGGAACUCGACGCUUGAAAGCAUUGUGAGUGGGUUGCCCAUGAUCUGUUGGCCCAAUUUGGGGGACCAUCAUAUUGUUUGCAGAACCGUUUGCCAGAAGUGGAAGAUUGGUCUCCAAUUGAAUGAAAAUUGUGACCGGUCCAACAUUGAGAGCAUGAUCAGAACUUUGAUGGGACCCAAAAGGGAGGAGAUUCAGAGCUCCAUGGACGCCGUUUCAAAAUUGGCCCGUGACAGUGUUGCCAAAGGUGGAUCUUCCCACAACAACUUGGAGCAGCUGAUCGAAUACAUUCGAAAUUUGCGAGAUCACAACUAGAGGCCAUAGGAUUGAGCAAGCUAGCUGGCUGGUGAUAUUAUAUUUAAUUUUCAUGGGAAUAAAAAUUGUUGUGUUAUUUAUGGUCAUGAGGUUUGGAAGAUUGGGUUUGAUAUGAAGGAUAAGUCUGAUAAGUCAACCGUGGAUACAAGGGGUUUGAGGGAAGAUCAAGCAAGUGAGCACACAUUCCCAAUUGGCUCAGAAUGGUGUUUGUGAAGGUGGCUCGUCGUACAACAACCUGGAGAAAACUUAUCGUAUUUUAGUUUUUAUUAUGUGUUAAUUAAGAGAAAUUAUUGUAUGAUAAUAAAAUACAGCCACAUGUUAUAAUAUGGAUCAGUGGUUGUCACAAUCUUUCUUCGUUUAAUUAAUUUGAA